UUAUCGCUCCCUCUCUCUCUUCCAAUCACUCCCUCUCUCAGGAUCGUAUCCGGCCUCUCCCACUGCAGUCUCUCUCCACCGGUCUCUGACCUUCAGCAGCCUGGGACCAUGCAAGCCUGCCUGUCCAGGUCCUAUCUAACCCCAGUGAGAGAUGAGGAGGCAGAGUCUCAGAGGAAGGCCAGAUCCCGCCAAGCCAGGCAAACCCGCAGAUCCACACAGGGUGUGACCCUGGCUGAACUGAAGGAAGCUCAGAGGACCAACAGCCUGUCUCCCCUGGACAGAGACAGACAGACAGCAGAUGGACAUAGCAGACUGACUGACAGGUCCUGUCUGCGGGGGAAAUGGGCUGCAGAGGACAGAGGAGAGACCAGGACCAAACUGGCUCAGUCUAUGGAGACAGAGGAUCACAGUCCCACAUGGAGCAGGGAGAUAGAUGAGCUCGGAAAUCAUAGAUCAAGGCUGGGGACCAUGGAUGCAGAAUAUUCCUCUGCCAGUGGGCACUAUACCAGCCUGGCCAACCGCACAUCCUCCAGAGUUGUUGAAUGGAAAGAUGAAAACCAGAACCCAAUUGAGGAUCCCUCCAAACAUGUCCUCUCCACAAGAGAGAAACAAGUUCGAUUCUGUGACCAAGAGUCAGAUGAAGCCUACCAGAAUUUGGAGAGUGUGGAGAUGUCAUCUAUGUACCCCCGCACCAAGGAGCUGUCCAGGACUAGGAAGUCUCUGUCCGACUCACCACCCUCUUCACCCUCUCCUACCGCCAAGAACUUCAGACACGACAGGGCAUCAAGGUUGGACUCUGGUGGUGGGGACAGCAGGGCUGAACCUCUGGGCAGAACCAGCUCCUACACACGCAGGGAAACCAGAUUGGCAGCGCUGAACAAGCAUGAGGACGACACCAGCUCCAGGGAUUACAAGAAGAUGUAUGAAGAUGCUUUGGCAGAGAAUGACAAGCUCAAGUCCCGGCUGGAUGAUAGCAAACAGGAGCUGACCAAGAUACGCACCCAGCUGGACAAAGUCACCCAGAAACAGGACAGAGUAUCUGAAAGAUCCACUGUACUUGAAUCAGAGAAAAGGGAAAAACAGGCUCUGGAGAAGAGGGUAACGGACAUGGAGGAAGAGCUCAAGGUCUUGACAGAGCUUAAAUCAGACAACCAGAGACUGAAGGACGAGAAUGGGGCUCUGAUCCGUGUCAUCAGCAAGCUGUCCAAGUAAGAGGUUGGAAGCCUCUGUCCAAAGUCAUAGUAUACUUCCUUCAAGCUUGCAAUGUGUGUCACUAUCAUUGGCCUUCGGCACCCUCCCACCCUGAGACUGUACCAUGGUGCUCAGUGACACUUACCUGCCAACUGUUCUCAGAGGCAUGGUGAGGAACCGUCAAAUUCCUGAUGACCCCUGGCCUACUAUGACUCCAUGUUCAUUGGCUCACUUCAUACCAGGAGGUCAAAGUGGGGAGGAGAACACACAGUGUUCGCUCAAAGAGGGUGUUGAUCUGGGGUACAGUAAACUCCGAAGCUCCAGGCCAGAAAUCUCUAACCAAUAUCACAUCCACAUAUUUUACCUAUACAUCACAAACAUAUGUUGAUUUUGUGCUUCAGUGUGCACUGCAGAAAAAAACCACAGAAAAAACAAUCAUAGGUAUAACUGUUGACAUUGAUAACAUUACACAUUGUCAGUUGUUAUGAGGUGUUUAUAUCAUUAGUCUUUAUGGUUUAUAGUUCAAUUGAAGUCCAAAUUUCCAUCACAGACCAUUUUCUCUGAGCUGAUCAUGAACCUUUUCCUGCUUUGAUUUUAGUGUGGUGUACUGUACCAUGGUCUCUGGCGAGACAGAUGUCACAUUUGUUGGAUAUUUUUAUAUAAUUUAUGCAUUUUUUUCCCCUCAAAUAUUUAUACUCAACCAUAUUUUUACCAAUAGGACAGGGUACAACACAGGGCCUCUUUAUCACAGGACGUCGGUGGCACCUUAAUUGGGGAGGACGGUCUCGUGGCUGGAAGGGAGUGUAUGUGUUUGAUGUAUUUGAUAACAUUCCUACUGAUUCUGCUCCAGCCAUUACCACGAGACCGUCCUCCCCAAUUAAGGUGCCACCGACGUCCUGUGAUAAAGAGGCCCUGUGUUGUGCCCUGUGCUAUAACGUGAGGCACUAACGUGAGACACUUUGUGUACUAUAUGUGCCUUUCCUGAAAGAACAAUACAGCUAUCUGUCUACACAUGUACUGUAAUUAUAUUUAAAGACAGUAUCUUACAUUGAAACAACUUUACCAUGUAUGAAUUAUAAGAGACCGAAAAAAACUGAAAUGCUACUUGUACAUGUCUGUGGUUUGAUCACUUGCUCAAUAAACUGUAGAUGGUUAAAUAUG